AUGUCGAAUGAACCCUUUCUUUGUUUAUUAUAUGUUAUAUUUUUGUCAACAUUAGUAUUAUCUCAAACUUCAACGAACGUACCACCUUCAAGUCCUACUAAUAACCAAACACUUCCUAUCAAUCAAACAAUUUCUAUCAAUCAAACACUUUCGAAUCCUCCAACUGUUACAGCAAAUGGAACCAAUAUUACCUCACCAGAUUUGAUUACUGAUCGGGUUAUAAGUGGAUUAAAUAUUACUAAUAGUUCUUCGAGUGGAUCUAACGUUAAUAAUACCACUAAUACGAGUCCAAUGAUUAAAUGUCCACCUGGAUUUUUUUGCCCGGAAAAUUCAGCACAACCUGUAUAUUGUUGUGAAGGUUAUUAUUGUUCUAGAGAUGCUAAAAACAUAACAUUAUGCCCAGAGAUAUAUUGUGAUCGCCUAGCAUAUUGCCCACCAGGCUCAAAAAAAGGAAAUAAAUUCAUGGUUUUCUUAUUAGUUUUGAUAGUUGCAAUAGUAAUUAUGAUAUUAUUUCAAAUUAAGAAAAAAAGGGAUGAAUUGAAAAAUGCGAAAUAUGAUAAAUUAUUAACAGAUCAAAGAAUGAGUUUGGAAAGAUCUUUGGAUCCAGUGAAAAGAACUUUUGAUAUUGAAUUUGAAAAUUUGGGAUUAGUGCUGCCAUCGGGUAUUGAAAUUAUGAGGAGUGUAUCAGGAAAACUUACACAAGGAAGAACAUGUGCAAUUAUGGGCCCAUCUGGUGCGGGUAAGACUACUUUUGUGUCACUUUUGACCGGCAAAGCAAAGAAGACAAGUGGUGUAGUAAAAGUUAAUGGAGUAAUUGAAUCACUGGAAAAAUAUAGAAAACUUAUUGGUUUCGUGCCUCAAGAGGACGUAAUGCUUCGUGAAUUAACUGUACGCGACAUAUUAUUGCAUUCCGCAUUAAUGAGGUUACCAAAUGAUAUGCCUCGAUCGGAAAAGAAACAAAGAGUCAUCGAAGUAAUUAGAUUUUUAGAGUUGAGUCACGUGAUGGAGUCAAUAAUUGGAAAUGAAGAACAACGUGGUAUUUCUGGUGGUCAACGUAAACGUGUAAACAUUGGGAUGGAAUUGGUUGCAGAACCAUCUGAUGAACCAACUUCAGGUCUUGAUUCAGCUACAGCACUUGAAGUGUGUAAUUUGUUGAAAAAGAUUGCACAUGGUCAAGGAUUAACAGUAGCCGCAGUUAUUCAUUCACCAUCUCCACAAGCCUUUAAUACAUUUGAUGACUUUUUAUUAUUGGGUAAAGGAGGAAGGAUAGUAUAUUUUGGACCAACAAACAAAGCAAUGGAGUACUUUCAGACUCUUGGUUUUAAUUGUCCAGAAGAAGAAAGUCCAGCCGAUUUUAUGAUGGAAAUAGCAUCUGGUAAAAUUCAGCCCGCAGAUAGGUCAGAUAUUACAAUUAUUGAUCUGUUCGAAACAUGGGAAAGAUAUCGAGAAUCAGAAAAAGCGGCAUUUAGAUCACCUUCUACAAUGCAUGAUACAAAAAUUGGAGGGUUUGAAAAAGAUGAUGAAGCUCUCCUAGGAGAAGAAGAACCACCCAAAAAACGUCGCAACUGUUUCGUGGCGUUUUGGCAAGAAGUCUGCAUACCGUUUAUCCACUUAAUUAAUGAUAUUGGUGAAUACAUAGCUGAUGUAGGCUCAGAAUUCUCCGAAUUUAUUACACGAACAUUUUGCUUCUAUCGAAAAGAUCCAAUUCGAGAAACGCCAAACAUAUUAGUGGCAUUUAUAUUAUUAUUUAAAAGAGCUUGUAUACAACUUUAUAGAAACAGAACACAAUUUUUGUUGGAUCAGCUAUUACAUCUUGGAUGUGGGAUUUUCAUUUCUUUGGCAGUUGGUAAUUUGGAUUAUGUUGGGAAACCUCCUAGAGAAAUUUGCGAGAUUACUCCAUAUGUUGUUAUACCUGUCUGUUUGGGUGCUCAUGAUUCACUUCAGAACGUUGGAGUGUUCAUGUCACUCGGAGUGACAUUUGCAGGGAUUAGUGCUGGAGGUUCAACAUUUGGUUACGAAAAAGUAGUUUACUGGCGAGAUACAUCAUCAGGAAUGCGCACGAUUCCAUAUUUUUUAGCCAAAAUAGUUGCAGAUAUACCUCGUUUACUUAUUGCGGCACUAAUGUUUUCAUUAGCAUUUAUUAUAUUUUAUUCAUUUCGAGCCAAGCUUUGGGAAAUUUAUAUUAUUAUUUUAUUUACUUAUACCGCCGCAUGGGCGAUGGGGUUGGUCUCAAAAGAAAAAUUAAGUCUUGUUGGAACAGGGUUUGCACUUGGUUGGGGUAUGGUGUUAAGUGGUGCAACUCCUAAAUUAGAAGAAGUUAAUAAAAGUAGUUAUAUAAAAUGGUUAUGGGAUAUUUCAGCACAAAGAUGGGCAGUUGAAGCAUUAUAUCUUAAAGAAAUAGCGCCUAGAUUGUAUGUAUUAAACAUUCUGAUUACUUUGGGUAUUUGA